AUGAACUCCUGGUGUGUGAAAAAGAUUAUCUUCUACGAGGGCAAAGAUUUUCAGGGUCGCUCUUAUGAGUGCAUCUCUGAUUCCCCUGAUCUGUCUUCAUAUUUCAACCACUGCAAUUCUAUCCGAGUAGAAAAUGGAAACUGGAUCCUGUAUGAAUAUCCCAACUACAGAGGACAUCAGUAUUUUCUUAGAAAAGGAGAAUAUCCCGACUUCCACCAAUGGCUGGGUUACAAUGACUCCAUCAGAUCCUGCCGUUUGACUCCACAGCAUCAAGGACCAUUCAGGCUUAAAGUUUAUGAAAAAGAAGAUUUCAAAGGUCAGAUGAUGGAGUUCACUGAAGAGUGUCCUGAUGUCCAUGAGCAAUUCCACUACAAUGACCUCUACUCCUGCCAGGUGCUUGAUGGGUACUGGAUGUUCUAUGAGGAACCCAACUACAAGGGGCGUCAGUAUUACCUUAGACCUGGGGAGUACAGAAGAUACAGAGACUGGGGAGCUUCUAAUCCCAGGAUUGGUUCUUUCAGAAGAGUUCAGUAUCUGCACUAA